AUGGAGCCCCCCCGAUCGCGACAGAUCCACACGGUCGACUCUAGUCGGACAGCCUCUAUUGGAUCCGGCUCUGAACCUCUAGACUAUCUUGACCUCCCUGUGCGAGAAGUGGCCGAUGGCGCCGACCUUCGAGAAUACACCACUGAGACACGAGCAGGCGAAAUUAUUAAGCCUGUCAAGUCCAAUGCUACCGGAAAGAUAGAGGAUUGGAAGUUGGUCACCUUUCAUCUCGAAGACCCGGAGAACCCCAAAAACUGGUCGAAAGUCUACAAAUGGUACUGCACGAUGGUUGUGGCAUUCACCUGCUUCGUCGUCGCAUUUUCCAGCAGUGUUAUCACUGCCGGUUUGACAGGCCCGUGGACACAUUCCAUGUUUCUCGUGAAGUCAGCUUCGUCGUUGUCAGUGUCUUUGUCAUUGGAUUUGGUGUCGAUGGUCGGCCGGCGCCCGGUAUAUGCCGUCACUCUACUCAUCGCAGUCAUCUUUGUUAUUCCAUGUGCUGUGUCCAAGAAUAUCGGGACUCUCAUCGUUUGCCGAGCGAUUGACGGUAUCGCCUUCAGUGCGCCAAUGACCCUAGUUGGUGGUACACUGGCGGACAUGUGGAAAAACGAGGAGCGAGGUGUCCCCAUGGCGGCGUUCAGCGCUGCACCCUUCCUUGGCCCUGCAAUUGGCCCUCUGGCUGGUGGUUACCUCUUUGACGGGGCUGGCUGGCGAUGGCUCUACUGGUUGCAGUUGAUUCUGUCCUUUGUUGCCUGGGUCUUAAUCACAUUCACUGUUCCCGAAACAUAUGCGCCCAUCUUGCUCAAGAAACGAGCCGCAAAGCUGCGCAAGAGUGAGAAUGAUGACAAGUACACCACUGAGGCUGAGCUCGAUCCUCGCCCUAUGGGACAGAAGCUGCGUAUCUUUCUGUUCCGUCCUUUCCAGCUUCUCUUCUUGGAACCUAUUGUCUUUUGCAUUGCCCUCUACAUGUCGGUUCUGUAUGGCUUGCUUUACAUGUUCUUCGUUGCGUACCCCAUUGUUUAUCAAGCUGGAAAAGGGUGGAGCGCUGGAAGCACCGGCCUGAUGUUCAUUCCUCUGGCUGUCGGUGUGCUCAUGAGCGCUGCCUGUGCUCCUCUCGUCAACAAAAACUAUCUCAAGAUCUCGGAGCAGUACGGUGGUAAGCCUCCUGCGGAAAAGCGUCUGAUCCCCAUGAUGUUUUCCUGCUGGCUCAUUCCGAUUGGACUUUUCAUCUUUGCCUGGACAUCCUAUCCCAGAGUUCACUGGAUUGGACCUGCCAUGGGAGGUUGGCCGGUCGGCUUUGGCUUCAUCUUUCUCUACAACUCCGCCAACAACUACCUCGUCGACACUUACCAGCACCAGGCCGCUUCUGCUCUUGCAGCUAAGACAUUCCUGCGAUCCAUGUGGGGCGCCUCCACCGUUCUAUUCACUGAGCAGAUGUACAACCGCCUCGGCUAUCAGUGGGCAAGUUCGCUCCUUGCGUUCAUUGCUUUGGCUUGCUGUCUUAUCCCCUUCGGCGAGUCCAUCCGUCGCUUCUCCAAAUAUGCCUUCUCCGAUGACGAGGAGCAGGCAGUCAAGGCUUAA